AUGGACUCAACUGAUAAGCGAAACAUUAUCGAUAUUAUUAAUAAGGCUUUAGCCGUUAACCCUGGUCGUACUAUAGACGACGUCCAUAAUAUCAUGGACAAAACAGGUCUACAAAUGGCACAAAUUUGCCAUUACAUUGUUUACUUGGGUGCGAAUACUAAUGUUGGCUUCGAGCGCAGCCCAAAGCCGAUGCCGGUAAAAGACAUGAUUGACCCCAAUCAUUUUUUGGUGGACCCGGAAUUUCGUUCCGCGUACCUGAAGAGAUGGGGAUUAGAUAGCCAAACGGCUACUACCAGUAUUACUUCUGGAGAGGUUCCAGCAUUGACUGGUAAAGAAUUUGGUGUUGCUGAUCUUGAAGAGGAUCAUCAUGAUCAAGGACAGGAUGUUAUUGAUCUUGUUGAUUCUGAUAGGGAAGGUAGUACAGAAUCAAUGAUUAUCAUUAAGGAUAACGAAGAGACAGCGGUGGAUGUAGAGGAUGUGAUAGAUGCUGUUUUGUUGGACCAACUCACUCACCGUAUUGGUACAGGUGAAGCAUUUGACCAAUUGUUAGAGUCAACAACCUUGAACGAUUUUACUUUGGACUUGCGUGAAAUGAAAAGAACAAUUAGUACCAGGUCUCAAUUGGGGUAUUCUUUUAAAAACAUUACCUUUCUGUAUCAUUACUUGCUAAUUACGGAAUACCAUGUAUUCAAGGGAUUCGAUGAAUGGGAGUGCAUGGAGAUCAUAGUGCUUAAUGAUGCUGAUCCAGUAGGUUUUAUGGAUUGUAGAACGCGUGGUGAGCAUGUGUUUCGUGUCUUUCAGUUGUUGGGAAUGGCAGGUAUUUUGGCUGUAGAAGUAAUGACGGCCAAAGCAUACUCCAGAUACCACCGAAGUUUUGAAGAACAAUGGAAGAUGUUGAUGAAACAUCUGUUGGCGGUUCUCAUGCGUUGGUUAAGUCUUCCUGUGAUUAGGUGGAUCUACCGAAAUAUCCAACAAAAACUUGUUGUUUUAAACCAAAUACUUUCGGAGAUAGAUGUUGUGGGUAACAUCAAUGGGAAGAUAAUUUUGCAGACCUGUAGUUUGAUUUAA